AACCGAAAUCGCUAAUGGGUUCCACAUACCGUUUACGGACCUAGAGCCAUCUUUCAGGAAAUUCAACGAAUAUAGCAAAUAUCUGCCUGCAAUUAGAGUAUUUAGACUACUCACGGACUUUUAACACAACACAACUAACCGCUGCACCUCAGUCAUUCAAAAAACCGCGUGAAUUACACCUAAAUUUAAAUUAUUGUGCACAAAGCAUUUCUUAAAUGCAUCUCUUCUAUAGCAGAAACCAUAAUUAGAAUGGAAUUUACUUACCCUUGAAUCGUUUAUUUAGAGUGUAAACAAUGACAUUAGAAACUUGACGGUCCAAGGUCCCCUGAAGACCGCUGUAACGCCACUCAAGGGCAGAGAAUCGCUUACGUGGCACCAAUUAACUUGUCAAACUAUGAAAUAUGAUCUUCACUCCCCAAGUCGUUAAGGGAACUUCCUCCACCGAAUUCAACUCAGUAGCAUUUAUGGACCAGCAAAGAUAACAAGUUUUCAAUAAAAAAACAAGAUUAUCAAAGUCUCCAUUCCCGAAUCACCAUGUCUCUGUACUCAAGCAACGCCAUCUUUCCCAAAACCGAGAUGCCGAUUCCGAACGGCUUCCCACCACAACUGAACGGAAACCGCAAUCCAAAGAACAAGAUGAUAUUCCUGGACGUCAAGCCUCCGCGGACCCCGAACAUGAAGAGCUCCGCCCCCACCAUCAGAACUCUGAAGAAUAACUUAACAGUCCCUCAAAUCAACCGAGAUAUCAUUUACGAGAACAUCAAACCUGUGGUCACCAUUCUUCGAGUUUUGGGGGUCUUUCCUGUGAGCAGGCCGCGUCCAGGAGUCAACCUCUUCCACUUGGCUUCUCCAUCCAUGCUAUACUCGGUGAUUGCAUUCUUCUCUCUGGUGACGUACGUCCUGUACCUCUCGCUGCACAAAGUCCAGAUCCUCCGGACGGCAGAAGGGAAGUUCGAGGAAGCUGUCAUUGAGUAUCUGUUCACGGUAUACUUGUUUCCAAUGACAGCUGUUCCUAUACUUUGGUAUGAAACGCGAAAGAUAGCUGGUGUAUUAAAUGGUUGGGUUGAUUUUGAGGUAGCAUAUAAAUCACUUUCCGGUAGAGUUCUACCGGUCAAGUUGUAUAAAAAAGCACUCAUAAUUUCCAUAAUCAUUCCUCUUCUAUCGACGGCGUCAGUGAUCAUUACCCACGUCACAAUGGUCCACUUCAAGUUGACGCAGAUAAUUCCGUACGUGUUUCUGGAAAUUCUGACCUACAUCCUCGGAGGGUACUGGUACCUUCUGUGUGAGACGCUGAGCGUGUGCGCCAAUAUCCUGGCUGAAGACUUCCAACAGACUCUCCGCCACAUCGGACCAGCAGGGAAAGUGGCGGAAUACCGAGCCCUGUGGCUGCGCCUGAGCAAGCUGGCCCGAGACACCGGCAUCGCCAACUGCUACACCUUCACCUUCGUGAGCCUGUACCUCUUCCUCAUCAUCACCUUGUCUAUCUACGGCCUGCUCAGCCAGAUCUCUGAGGGGUUCGGGAUCAAGGACAUCGGGCUGGCGCUGACAGCUUGCUGCAGCAUCUUUCUUUUGUUCUUCAUCUGUGACGAGGCACACUACGCUUCUCAUAAUGUCCGCACGCACUUCCAGAAAAAGCUCCUCAUGGUGGAGCUGUCCUGGAUGAACACGGACGCGCAGACGGAGGUGAACAUGUUCCUGCGCGCCACCGAGAUGAAUCCCUCGCAGAUCAGCCUCGGCGGCUUCUUCACCGUCAACCGACAUCUUUUUAAAUCUCUGCUAGCAACAAUGGUGACCUACCUGGUGGUGCUGCUCCAGUUCCAGAUCAGCAUCCCGGACGACAGCCAGGGCCAGCUGAUGGCGCCGCCCGAAGUGGUUUCAAACACGGCGCAGUCCGCCGCGGAACCACUCUCCACCACCAUGAUGACCAUACUCACCACCGUCGUCUCCAAGAAGAAGAAUAACAAGUCGCUUGUUUAAUUUAUUUGAUUGGAUUGCGUUUAUCUUGA